UUUUUUGUGGUAAUCGUGGGUUAUUUAGCGGACUCAUAAUCAUAAUGGUCAGGACGUUCAUACUUUCUUUUCCCGACUCAAUGAAUUCGAGGAGGUUUUUUUCGGAUGUUUUGUGGGAUACUUUUUGCGGAUAAUUUUUGCGGACAAUUUUUGCAGACAUAUUUUGCGGACAUUUUUUGCGCACAGUUUUUUGCGGACACUUUUUGCGGACACCUUUUGAGGACACUUUGCGGACUUUUUUUGCGGACAAUUUUUGCGAAUAAUUUUUGAGGACAUAUUUUGCGGACACUUUGCGGACACUUUUUGCGGACAUUUUUUUGCGGACACUUUUUGCGGACAUUCGAGGGAACGGAAGUUCAAACGAUUUUAUCCUUCUAUCUGACCAUUAUGAGUCCGCAAAAGCCACAAGUACCAUUUUCCUUUAAAUUCUCACAAUUUUUU